GUCUUUUUAAUAAUAUCUCGUCGAGGGAGAAUGCAAUAUGGCUGCGGCGAGAGUUCGAUUGGAUAAGAUGAUGAAAAAUAGCAUGCAGAGUAAUAUUAAAUUUUAGUGAAAUGUUUACUUGUUCCGGUUGUGUAGAAUGGGAGGUUGCAUAGGUAUAACUAGGGCAAGAAAUGCCUCCGUUAACGAUACAUCAGAAAAUUCGACGAGAACUAAUUCGGGAAAUACGAGAAAAAAUCAUCUCCUAUGUCAUGAGGUAAUCAGAUGGAAAUCAGAUGUACCUUUAACCGAAGGUCAAUUAAGAAGUAAGCGAGAUGAGUUUUGGGACACUGCACCAGCGUUUGACGGCCGCAAGGAGAUUUGGGAUGCAUUGAGGGCAGGCGCAACUGCAGCAGAAGCACAGGAUUAUCAGUUGGCACAGGCUAUAUUAGACGGAGCAAAUAUUUCCGUGCCAAGUGGUUUCUUAACAGAAUGUUAUGACGAAUUGGGAACUCGUUAUCAAGUACCUAUUUAUUGUUUAUCCUAUCCAAUUAAUAUUGUAAAGGAAGACAGUGGAAGAGAUUCACCUGCUGAUUGUUCAGAACCAGUUGAUGAAGGUACAGAACAAACUUUGAAGCUUCGACUAUCGACAACCUUAGGAGAAGUUAAACUACCUGUUUAUAGCAAUGACACUAUUGCUAUAGCAAAGAAAAAAUUACAAAAUCAAGAAGGUUUGGAACCAUCGCGUCAGAGGUGGUUUUUCGGUGGUAAAUUAUUGGGUGAUAAAAUGCAUAUAGAAGAAGCAAAAGUGCAACCAGGUUAUGUAAUACAAGUAAUUGUAAAUCCAGAAAAAAUGGAGAACGACUGUGCAAAAGCUAGCUGAAGAAUUUGUGUAUAAAAGUGACAAAAAGAACAUGUAUGUUAUGUUCAAUCAGCAACCGAUAGACUUACUUUUACUCUUUGACAAAAUUCACAUUAAUUGCACGUCAAUGUAUAUAUAUGUAUUUUUUUUAACUGUUUAUAUUUUUUAUCGUUUAACUACAAACAUUGGUAAAAGUGAUAAUUAUUUUAAGACAAUUUGGGCAUAACAGAGUUUUGCAGUAUAAAUUUGUAUUUAGUGAAAUCAUGAAUUAAGUGCAAUUACACUUUUGUUAUUACAUUUUGUUAUAUUUAUUCACAUAAAUUAUUGUGCAAUGUAAAAAAAAUAUGUAAGAAUAGCAUUUAAACGAGGAGAAAGAACACACAGAGAGAGAGAGAGAGAGAAGGAGAAUGCAGAUAUCAAGUACAGAAGCAUAUCUUUACAAAUUUGUUUAUUUUCAAUGAUAUGCUACAAGCAAAUUGACUGAAAAAAAAUACAUUU